UGUGGUUUAGUUCAAUACUGAAAUUAAUAUCAGUUGUUAACAUUUCGCCCGAUAACGAAUAACCAGCACGCGAAAAAUACUGUUGAAUCCAGAUAAGCUGAUUUAAAUUCUUUAUUUAAAAGAGGAUUUUAACAUGGCAAGUAAAACAAGGGUUUGGGGAACUUUGAACAACGAAAUCUUAGGUGAAUUUGAGAUUAUAACCUUAGAGGAUGAUGUUUUAGAAGAGGCAUUGCAAGUUCUUGGAGCUUUCUUCUCCUACGAAUGCAUUUGCAUUGGCACGGAAAUAAACCUACCAGAGAGCUCUCAAGCACGAAAAGAACUUACAGAGCUAUGCAAAAUCGUAAAUGAAGAUCAUGUAUCAUUGGCCGUCCGAUACGUGCCUACAAAAGCAAUUGUAGGGGUCUCCUUUAACAAACUACAAUACAUUGACGAGACAAAGGAAGUACCAUUCUUUGUUGAAUUUCGUGACAAAAGAUGCACUUCAGAAAAUGCCAAGGCUCUUAUGUCAUACAUGAUUGAAAUGGAUGAAGAAAUUGACCCAUUUCAACUGUUUAAAAUCGAUUGUCUUUUGGAGCUGAUGUUUCUGGCUGUUCUGCCAGAGUAUGGAAAAAAGGGGUUAGGAAAUGCCCUUGUGAAAUACUCUAUAGAGCUAGGUCGAGAGCUAAGUCAAGGGAUUGGUGUGGAGAAAAUACCUAAACAUCUGCAAGACAAGAGGCCAAAGGCUGUAACAGCUUUAUUUACGUCAAAUUUUUCACAAAAAUGUGGCAAAGUCAAUAACUUCAAAGUUCUCAAUCGUGUUCCACAUAAAAGAUUUAUUUAUAAAGGAAAACCAUUUAGUGAACGAAUUGGACCAAUGCAUCCUGAUAGUGCACAAGUAGCAAUACAACUUUAAACUUUUCCUUAAAACCAUAUUAUAUUUAAAAUUAUAAUAUUUUGUGCGUAUUUAGAUAUAUUUAAGUUUGGGUAUAGUGUCUUUAAAAAUAAUGUUUAUUUUUAAUUAUUUCAAUAAUAUUAAUUUUGGAUAAUUAAUUAUUAUAAUAUUCUAAAUGCAAGAAAUUA